AUGUUGAUUAGUAAAUAUAAUAAGUUUCCUGGUGAUAUGAAUGCAGGAAGCGGCCAGAAUCUUGAUCUGAGCCUUGGAAUUUCUCAGCCAUCAAAUGGUCCCAAGGGGAAGGAUAAUGUGGGAGACUUCCAUUGUCGUUAUGGUGGUUGUGAAAUACCCAACAAAGAGAGACAAGUGGUUGAGGGCACUGCUGCUGCACAUAUGGGUUUACCAACCCUUCAUGGUGUACCAAUGGCAUCCAAGAACCUUCCAGCAUGGUCUGGCAUAUAUCCUGGUUUAUUAUCAAGCUAUGAGGAAAAGGCUACGGAGAAGAGGGCCGAAGCUGUUUGUUCACCGAGAUUCUCAAGCUGGCCAUGGCAAAUAAAUGGCAGCAACAAUGUUGUUGCUACAAUGUCCCAGCUCUCUCUCGAAAAAAAAAGGAUCGACAAAAAAAACAUUAAUUCGGGUGUAAACGAAUCAUUUAAGACUCUAUUGAGCAUACCUACCGCGUUGGAAAGAAUCUUCAUUACAUCGGAUAAUCCAAGAAGUAGAAUCCGGCGGAAAAUUCUUGAUGAGAUGAGCAACAAAUGGCCAGGCGAGUAA